CAGUGAAAGAAGAAGAGCUCGGGAAAGGACGGGAGAGGAAUUCACUUAUUUACAUCACUGACACAAAGCGUCGACAGGAAGACACAAACCAAUUUAAAGAGUUCCUCUUCCUUAAACUACAUUAAUCGACGGAAUACAUUCAACACGUUACCAAGCGAUGGCCCAAGAGACGAACCAGAGCCCCGUGCCUAUGCUGUGUACCACAGGCUGUGGUUUCUAUGGCAACCCUAGGAAUAAUGGCAUGUGCUCCGUUUGUUAUAAAGAGAACCUGAACAGACAGCAGAGCAGUGAUCGUAGUCCCAUGAGCCCACUGGCUGGCAGCCCUUCAUCAGAGACCUCAGCUAUACAGAGACUAGAAGCCAGUAUAAACAAAGCAGAACCCUCACCUACAACCAGCACAGAUGCCAUGAGAGAAUGUAUACCUUCGAGCUCCUUACCAGUUACACAACAGAUGACAGAAAUGAGUAUUUCAAGAGAGGGAAAGGUCUUGUCGCCUAAGGCAGAGGCUGUCGGACCAGUUAUAUCACAGCCCACCUCGUCCUACUCCCCUGCUCUCGUUGCCGAGUCCAGCGAUGAGGGCAAGAGCCCAGACUCCUCCAAACCUAAGAAAAACAGAUGCUUUACCUGCCGUAAACGAGUGGGCCUAACAGGAUUUGACUGUCGAUGUGGGAAUAUUUUUUGUGGAAUUCACCGGUACUCGGACAAGCACAACUGCACGUAUGACUACAAGACAGAAGCCGCUGCUAAAAUACGCAAGGAGAAUCCUGUAGUGGUGGCCGAUAAGAUCCAGAGAAUAUAAGCUUUUCCACUUUUUCCCGAAAUGUGAUCGGAACACUGGUGGAUUAAACGAAUGACUUGGAAAAACGGACUGGUGUUUUUCUACCACCUUAAGAAAAUGAGAACCAUAGCGCCUGAGGCUCAUGCAUGAAAGAUCUUACAGAUUUUGGUUUUGUAUUAGGUAUGAAUUUCUUUCCAAUUUUUGAUUUCUCUCUCUCUGUUUUUAUGCUAGUUAUAUUCUUUCGUCACCUGAACAACUUUUGUUUGGUUUGAUUGUUGUCGUUUUUUUUGUUUUUUUGCCCGUUCCCACCCUCACACAAUGGGAGUGGCUGAUACUCUGUGCCAAAAUGUGGCAGUAUAGAUCUCGAGGAAGCUUUGUAAAAGUAAUUUCGGCCUCGAACUUGUUAUCAUGAAUGACUGCAAAUUUUCAAGAGGUGUGUCAAAGUUGGACUUUUACCUGAUGUGUGCUGCAUGUGUUCGUAUGUCAUUACAAUAUGUUCUUUAAAACAGUUGGUGUACCCAAAGGUCAGAUUGGAACCUGGUGACGCUCAAUCAUUAUUUCCGUUCAUUUAGCAUCUGUUUAAAAUGUGAACUAUUGCUACUGUGAUGUCACACCCUUUCUUUGUUUUUAAAUGGAGGGUUAAUAUUCAUCAAAUUUAGCAUUUUUCAUCUGAAGUUGACAUAUACAAACCAAUAACCUUCAUUUUGUCAGAGUUUUGCUUAUGUCUAUGGUAACUGAGAGAUAUGGGAGUUUGUGAUUUUUGGGUGGAUGUAUGUAGACCAUUUAAUUUGGCUGUAAGAUGACACAGUCUAUUUUUGUGUGCGCAAAGGGAAAUGUGAGUACGAGCCCUUCUUCCUGUUGUCAAAGUGAGACAAGCAUAUAGACAGCAUUUGAAACACUGCAAUAGUAUAAACAGUAUGUCAGACAUGAGUAUAAAUUAUUCUUUAUCUUUUUGUAGCACCCACAGUGCACCUGUCUUUUUUGUGUGUCUGCAAGCCGAGUGUAUGUAUUGUAUAUAAUGUUUAUCCUCUGUAGGGAGUGAGGUUUUUCUGAAGACAUGUAUGUGUUGAGAGUAUGUUCCUGUUUGAGGUUUAUUUUCAUUUAUUAGUUAUAUUCAAAUUUGUAUGAAAAAUCACCCACGUCUAAUAUUUAUGUAUUGCAUUUAAUCCUUUUACCUGGCAUUAAAGAAUAUAGUAUUGUAAAUAAAAUAAACGAAGAAAACAUACAAA